AUUUUAUUUGAAUGAAACGUCGUCUUGACAACCAAUUUUAGUGAAGAAAAUGAAAUUUUCAAUUGUUAAAUAAUAUGAAUAUGUUAAAUUAUGGGUGAUAUUCACAAGAUUCCACCGCUCACAGCAGAAUCCAAGAACGUUCUUCCGGAUGUCGUACAUUCUCAACAGAUUCCCGCGGAAGGGACCGCGGUAACCGAUACAGAAGCAUCUCAAAUAGAUACGCCACACGAUGAAACAGGAACUCCACUCAUUAAAGAAGAUGACAGUCAAACGGAGUCUAUAUCGGAACACAUUCCCUCCAAACUGGAGUAUUCCAUUACUGAGUCGGAUAACGCCGGCGCGACGCAGUCAGGGCUGCUCCAAGUUGGACAGCAUGACACAGAUCCCUCCCGCAAUAGCUCUUUAAACAUGCCUGUUCCCUCCCCUAGUGACAACCCUAGCACACAAGACCCCAGCAAAAGCACCUCAUGGCCUGAGCCCAAAUCAACAGACAUUCAUCACAUAAGUGAAGAAAGUCCAGUGAAUUUAGCAUCUGAAUCCGUAUCCAAAGACACUCAUGAAACACCACAGGCUGAAGAGAGAUCUCAACAUGAAAAAACACAAGAAUCUCCACGAAGUGACAAAUAUCUUGACUCGCUUAAUGAGGAGACAUAUCCUAAGUCAAAUGCAUCUGAGGAUGAAAAAGAGGUUGAAAAGCAUAGUCAUUCUUCUGUGUCACCGCCAUUAUCAUUGUCUGUAGGAGAAGAUUCACUAAAACAAGCAAGUUCAGACUCAGAAGAGAUUAUAAAGUUAGAUAUCAGAGGUCACGGUGCCCCUAAAUUUCCUCUCUCGGCUGCCAAGAUUAUCUUUGGGCCUCCUCCGGAAGGUAGUCACUUAGUCGACGAAGAAAUUCAGCCCUUACCAGUAUUCCAGACCCUUAUGUCCCCUUUCCUUGUCGGUGCCGGGGAAAUGAAGGUUGAGGAGUUAUUUGAUGAGAAGGAAUCUCAAGUGGAAAUGGAGAAAGACAGUUUGUCAAGUAUAGACAAAAUUGAGCAAAGCGACUUGUUAGUAGAGGAGGUUGUUAUAGAUGAUACGAAAGAGAAGUUGCAGGAUGAGUCUAUGCCCAGUAUGCCGCAGCCAAAGUCGUUGGGUGACACCAUGUCUUUUAGCACAAUGACGACAGACUACAAGACGAUAUGCGAAGAGUUCCAAGCUAAGCUUGUGCAUUUGGAGUCAGCUAUCACGAAGCGAGACGCACUAAUCGAGGAACUCACCGUUACCUUACAGCGCUCGAUCCGCGAACGGGACGCUCUGGCCCUCGAGAACCAACACCUUUGCCAUGAGAUGACUCAGCGGGAAAACUCUGAACAUGACACCAUUAAACAACACCUGUCAGACUAUGCUAAAUACGAAAGCAUGCUCAAAGAAGACACUAAGUAUUAUUCAGCUUUAAUGAGUAGCGGUUCAUCAGCUAAAAGCUCAAAUGGAGAAAAAGAUAAUGAUCGAGAAGAAAUGACGGUCAACUAUUCGAAGUCCGACUUGAAAUCUGAUUCAGAUGAUUUCCAAGGUUUUGAAACUAAGUUAAAUGAAGUUAUAAAUAAGUUUGAUGAGAGUAUUGAAGAGAAUUUAAGGAAUAAGAUCAGAGAGAGUCUUAUUCAAGUUUUAUGUGAUGAAAUAGCUCGGAUUAGGAUAGAAUCUGAUACUGAUGUUAAAGAAUUAGAGACACAGUUACGACAGGACAAGCAUGCUUUCAAUGUGGAGACGAGGCGUUUGAGGGAGCUGCUAGCUUCUGUCAAAGCUGGUGAUGCUGAUAUUGAAGAGUUGAGAGAGGAGCUCGACCGCAAACAUGAGAAAGAGAUGGAGAAUCUCAGGAUGUAUUUCGAGAAGAAAUGCUCGGACAUGGAGAGAAGCUACUCGGAGGAGGUGUACCGCGGGCGCUUGUGCGCGUCGCCGCAGUCCGCGUCGUCGCUGGAGGCGCCCAACGAGGCGGGCGACGGACUGCGCAGGAGGACCAGGAGCGCCGACCUGCCGUCGCUCACCAGCGAGAUGCCGCCGCUAGAGUUCGCGGUGAAGCAGGCGAACAGACGGGCAGACAUACAACAACUAGAGGAUGUAAAGGCUGAGCACGCGGCGCUAGUGAAAGAGAUGCAAGAUCAGUACCGACUCACCGUCACUGCUUUACAAGAACAGAUCAACCAGUUAAAAGCGCACGUGCAAACCGCCGAGAACACAGAAUCGAACGUCUCGCUCUAUCAGCAAGAUAUAGAUUUGGAGCUAGAAAAGGACGCCAAGUUCGAGAAGCGACUCGAGGAGGCCAAGCAGGAAGUUAUACAGCAUCUACAGGAGCAAAUACAGGUGCUGCUUUCGGACCCGGACGCGGAGCUUUCCAGUUGGCCGCUGGAACUGGUGGCGCUGCGGGACAAAAUACACGACGCGAGACCUGAGAAAGAGUUGUCAAGCCUGCGCGAGGAGGCUGGCGAGGCGGACAAAUGGAAGCAGCGGCGCCACACCACCUUCGACCAAAACAGGCACCUUGAGGAAGUUACCAAAGAAAGGGACAGCUUCAAACGCGUAGCCACAAGCUUGCAGCGUAUCGUCGGCCAACUGGUAGCGUACUGCGCCGCCGCGGAAGAUGAACUCAACCGCACCGUGCUCGCCGAGCUGCUCUCGCGAUUGCUACCUGAAGCGUCUCUAAUCGAAGAACCCCGCCCGUCCACGCCCAACCUCGACAUAUCCGUCCGCAACAAGCACGUUCACUUCGCACCAGAUCUGUCUGUCCUCGCUGACUUAGACUCUGAAGGCGUUGCUGGCUUUCUCCAGGGCCAGAGGGACGUUAGCAUCGAUAUUAAGAGGGAAUUGGAGCUCAGCUUGAGAAGAUUAAGGGAGGAGGCACAGGAACUUCUAGAAACCGCUGCAAGAGUCAAAGGAAAACCGGUGCCAGAGUCGCCCAUGCUGGAAUCCAGCCAGGUGCAGAUCACGGAACUUGUGGAACAGCUGGACUCGAGGCACAACAGCUGCGACAAUUGCGAACUACACAGGAAGAACAUGGAGGAGGCAAUGAUGGAAUGCUUGCAGCGCGAGAACCUGCUCCGUUCAGACCUGGAAGCCGCGCUCAUGAAAGUCGCACAGCUCAUGCAGCCCGAGAGACAUUCGUGCGAUCUCGUCGUGGAAGGGUACGGCACGGGGCAGCACCGGACGCCGUCGCUGCCGGCGCGCGCGCCGCGCCGCGCGGACUCGGGCUCCGUGUCGCUGGACUCGCCGCGGCUGCGCGCCAGCCACGACGCGCUGCACCGGGAGAGGGACGACUUGCACCAGCAGCUGGAAGCAGCCAACCGGCAGCUCCGUUCCACUCGCUCAUUCGUGGAAGAACAAGCCGCAGAAAGAGAGGCGGAAAGAGAUGAGUUCGCAAGAAGAUUAGACGCCAUGCGAGACGAAAACAACAGACUCACGACGCGGCUACAGACCAACGCUACUAUACUCAACGAGAUGCUUAACCUGCGUAUCACUUGUUGCAACUGUCACGAGCACUAUGCACAUGUGGAACAGCUGGAAGCCCAGACCCGCGAAAUGAACACCCUGAUCCAAGACCUGGAGUCCCGCAAGGCUGCCGCCGACGAGGAACUAAAGGUCACCAAUGAGAAGAUAUUGCUGCUGAGGGACAUCAUCGCUAAUUUGGAGAACCAGCUAGAGCAGAAGACGGCUCACGAGGCAGUCAUUCUAGAACAGUUGGAAGAAAUGAGAAAAACAAUAGACGAGCGAGACAACAAGAUGCGCGGGCUGCUGGGAGAGCUCGAGUCACUCAGGAGCGAGAGGGCAGAACUCAGUGUGGCUGUCUCUGUUGGCGACAAUGAAGAUCGGACAGAGGAACUUAUGGAAAGAAUUAAGGAACAGGGUCGUUGGCUGGAAGAGAAGCUCCACCGGCGCACGCGCCGCCUCGAGCGCGUCCACGAGACCUGCUCCGCGCCGUGCAGCGAGCCCAGCGAGGAUGUGUCGCUACGGGACCGACAAGGGCCGAGAGAGGCCAUAUCGCCCGGAGACGCGAGCCCGCGCUGGCCCGGUAUGCCAGAGCUUCUUGGCGUUUUCGAGGCCGCGGAAGCUCUGUCUAGGGCAGAAGAUGCGGCGCUGAAACGCAUCGCGGAUUUGGACAUGCAGCGAGCUCAACUCACCGAUGUGGCGCAGGAGGUGCGCGCCGAGCGCGAUGUGCUCCAGGCGCGCAUGUCGGAGCAGGCGCUCAAGAUAUCCUCGCUGUCGGCGCGGCUCGAGACGCAGCGCAACAACGCCGAGGCGCUCGCGCACCAGGCCGCCCACCAGCUGACCGUCAGCCUGCACGACGCCUUAGCAGAGGUACAAAGGCUAAAAGAAGAGUUGGAUUCAAAAGACAAGCAGUUGUUACGAGCUAAGCAGAAUUUAGACGAGAAGGAAAAGCUGAACGAGCGGCACCAAGCGUUAUAUGGAAACUCAUGUAACCCCAAAGACAAGGUGAUCAUCCUCGAGCGUGAGCUCUCCGCAACACAAACCCGCAUCGGGCAGCUAGAAGCUUUAGCCAAGAGUCUAGAACAGGAUAAAGAUGAGCUGCAGGCAAGCUUGCGGGACCACCAACGCGCGCUGGCCGAGAGAGAGGAGCAGCUACAGGAGAUCAUGGCUCUCAAACUGGACGACGACCAAAAAGAAGACGAACCAGAAGGCAAAGUCUCUGCCAGAACCCUCAGCGACAUAGUAUCCAUCUCAGAAUUCGACGAACAAGACCUUCAGAUGCGUCGCGCCGAACUCAAAGCGCAGAACCUCAGCCUCUCCGGCAUCCCCUACGGAGAUAACAGAGAUAAAACACAAAACAGGACUCUACCCCCUGAUGUAUCCAAACCUAACAUAAGCUCCCUAAACCUAGACUUUAUAGACCACUUCGAUCUACCCAGCUGCACACCGAGAGCUGAAUCUUUACCAUUAACAUCCACUCAGAAUAAGGACAGGUUUAAGAGAAACGCCAAUGAGACGACAGUAUUCGGUACUGCAGAGAAAUUUGAGAAUGUGAAGCAUUCUACAGCUCAAAACAUAGCUGAUAACUGUUCUUUAUACCCAAAUAGGGAGGUAGAUGACAGUAAAGAUGUCAGCGUUGCUCCGAAGAAGAUUGACUUCUCAGCGGAGCCUUCACAUGAUAAUAGGAGUCAUGAUGACGAGUUUACUUCACUAAGAGAACUUGGUAUCACACUUGAUAUCAGACAGGAGAAUUUCCCAGAUAUACUGACGCAGUUAAAACAUGAGAUUAAGAAAUCUAGAAGCGAACUUGAUACUUGCAAGUCUGAGUUGAAAAAUGCCGAAGAACAAUUAUGCGAGUUCCCAGCUCUUAAAGAAGAAGUAGAAGAGCUGAAAGGAUUGCUAGAAAAUACCAUGGCCACUAUGGAGAAUGAUAAAAAAUUCUAUGAAAAUCAACUGGAACAUUUCUCUUCAAAUAAAACUCUGUUGGAGCAAAGAGUGAAUGAACUAACGCAAGAAGUCAAUGAGAAAUCAAAAGAUUUACACCUGCUUAAAGAAGAUAUUCUAAGGAGAGAAAAUAUGAUACUAGAACUAGCUAAAGAAAAACGUAAUUUGACCAACAAAAUGACUGAACUAGAAGUUAAAAUUGACGAAAUACAGAGCAGAAAUAAUUCUUUAGAAAAAUGCGAAACUGAGAACCGCAUUUUGAAAGAAAAGAUUUCUGAACUUCAGAAACUAGAACAGUUGGUAUCUGAGAAGAAUCAACAAAUUGACAGUUUGAAUCAACAUUUAGACAGAUUAGACGACAUGCAGAGACGCCUUAAUGACAAAACGGAAGAAUUAGACAAUUUAAAAGAGGCGUUUGAAGAGAAAUCAAACGAACUAUUCAGACUACAAGAUACCAUCGACGCUCAGCAUCGGGACAUCGACAAAAUCAACGAAGAAAAUAACAACCUUAAUGUAACCAACAAAGAACUAAAACUGAAACUAACUAAACUAGAAAAAGAACAAGAGAACGCAUCACUCAAACUACAAAACAGCGAAACUGAACUAGAAAGAGUGAAUUCUCUAAACAACGAACUAACAGCUAAAAUAGACGAGCUAAAAGAUCUAACAGACAAGCUUAAAGAUAAAGAAACAGAGAUAGAUAUACUGAAUGAAGACAUAAAUUCUUACCAUGAAGAGAUAGCGUCUUUAAAGGAGCAGAUGAAGAUGGUGUCGCGCAGUCCGUCGCCGAAGAGUAAGAGCGAGAAAGGGACAGACAGACAGGCGAGCAACGAUAAGAAACAGCUGGCGAAGAUUAGGAAGCAGAUAUCGCUGCUGCAGCAUGAGUUGGACUUUAACAGGAAGGAACUCAAUGAUAAGGCCUUCGAGCUAGCCAAAGCCAAGCUAGACGUGACGGAGCUUCGCAACAGUCUGUCACAAGCGACCAAGCAGGCAGCCGACGGCGAGGAGUUCAAACAACAGGCGGAGGCGAUAAGGGCGGAAAGGGACAGGCUAGCCGAGCAGCUACAGGCAGUCUCCGAGAGAAUACGCGAAGAAUCGGACGUGACCGAGCUGAAGAUGAAACUACAUGAUAAGGCUGAGAAGUGUCAAGAAUUGGAGGCUGAGGUCCAAGACUUAAGAGAUCUAGUAGACAGAGUACGCGAGACCGGGCAGCAAUGUACAUCGGAGCGUAGCGCGCUGGUCGUGAGCGGGACGAGGUCCCCCACCGCGGAGCUGGAGCGCGCGCUCAGAGACCAGCUCGACUACUCGCACCAACUCGACCAGGACAUCAUGGAACAGAUUCUAUCAGGAAGUAGCGACGAACACGAAGACAUUCCCAGACUCGCUUUGAAUUCUUCAAAAUCGUCAAGCUCGAUCCACUCGACAUCCUCAGACCGCAUGAACCGCCUCAAGUCUGAGAACGACAAGCUGGUGAUGCAGGUCAACAACCUGGAAGCGCGGCUGAAGGACAAAGACGCUCUUAUCACCGAACUCAACCGAAUACGUGAUAAGCUAGUGCAGGAUUGGCAGGCGGCCAAACUGCGGCUGCAGGCAGAGAAGGACAACUGCGGGCGGUUACAGUUGCUGCUGCUCACACACAAGGAGAGCGCCGACACUUUGCAGAACCAAGAUUCAAAUAUGAUCCAGAUCCUGAAGAAGCGGCUAGAAAGCGCGAUGCAGUCCGAGCUGGAGCUGCAACAGCGCGAGACGCAGCACAAAGCACGCCUCGCUACGCUCGAACGCCAACUCAUGCCCUCGGGACAGGACGAGCCCAAUGCCAAACUGCUUUACGCAGAGCAGGAGAAUUCCGAACGGCUCCGCGGAGAGAUCUCCCUCCUCAAGUCUAAGUUAGAAGUAGAAAGAACCAGAGCUGGCGACACGCAAGCAUUGCUCGAUCACAGCAAGGCGCACUUCCAGAAGGAACUAGAGGCCAAGACAGAGCAGUGCCAUGCGUUAAGAACGGAACUGGCCGAGCUCAGAAGACUAAAACAUGACGCCGGCGUGGAAUUACUCCGAGCCAAGGAGCUGCUGAACAUCCAGAGCGGCGCCAUCGCUGAGUUGGAACAGAAAAUGGCGACGCAAGCGCAGAGGCAGAGGCCCAUCAACGAUGCUCUGACUGAGAUCGAGUCCCACAAAACGGAGUUGGCCCGCGAAAUAACCAAUCUCCGUGUACUAGUGACGAGCCCAGAAUUGUCCGCUCUGCGUGACGCGAGACAAGAACUCGCGUCGCGGGUCGACUCACUGCAAGCGGAGCUGCGGGCCACCAACAAGGGUACCGAAGAAAAAGACCAAGCUAUCCGGUACCUCCACAACCGCUGCCUAAAACUGGAGAGCUGUCGCAAGGCCCUCGUGUGGCAGAAACGGUACCUGCAGCGAGUGGUGGCUGGGUACAACGAGUUGGAGCGCAGCCUCCGGUUGACGCGCGCACCUGAGCAGAGCACCGGCAAGAAGAGAUUCAAAUGCGUGGCUAUGUGCGUGAUCGUGGUGCUGCGCAUGGGUUUCCUCGUGCGGCGGCGCGCGCAGCUCCGCGCGCUGUCUGCGACCGCCAUCCUGCGCCCGCGCACCGAUAAUACUCCGUCGUCUCCGAAGCCCACGGACGGCACGCCGGCCUCGCGGCCCCGGACCCGCGCGCGCGACACGCUGGCGCGGCGCGUGCUCGACCCCGACCGGACGCUGCACUCCCCCGCUACCCCACAGCUGGGUGACUUCAUCCGCCGGUCCUAUAGUUCCAACUCACAGCAUGACGACUCCUUCGGGCUAAGUACUCCCCGCGGCGGCGCGUCGGCCUACCUGGACAAGCUGGGCCUCGUGAGCCGCUGCCUCAACCACGCCAUGGACGCGUCACGCGACGUGCCCUGA